AUGGAUACUUCUGCGGAUCAGGCUUUCCCCCCGAACCCGAACGGCGCGACCGACGCCCCUACGAGGCCCUCCGCACCGACUUCCCCGCAAACGCAAACGCACAAAGGCAGCAUCAGCAGUCCCUUCAACCCUCGGAGCUGCGUGACAUGCCGGAAGCGCAAAGUCAAGUGCGACAAGCGACAUCCAUGCACCAACUGCACCAAGGCGCGCAUCGAAUGCGUCUUCCCUUCGCCGGGUCGCGCCCCGCGCAAGGCCCGGAAGCCCCCCGACGCAGAGCUCUUGGAGCGCCUGAGGAAGCUGGAGGGUGUCGUCAAAACACUGGGCGGGGCCGCGGUCGAUGGGCAGGGUCACACGGUUGAUGGACAAAGCCAGGCACCUACAGGCAACUCUGGCGAUCAAGCGACGCAGGGUUCCAAUAGUGGCGGUACCAGCGUACAUCAUGAGUACGUGAGAUGUCCGCGCGGGGAGGGAUAUCUUCCCCCCGAAGAUAAUUCGCUGCCGGGCCUCGAGACGCGAUUUGGUAGACUGGUGGUCAACACAGAUGAAGGGCGGAGCCGAUACGUCAAUAGCAACUUCUGGGGAAGCUUGAACAACGAGGUUGAAGACAUUAAGGGACUGCUCACUCAAGCAUCUGACGAGGAAGACGAUUAUCCUUCCCCUGAAUCUGACUACACUUCCAGAAAUCCAAACCAUCAAGGCUUCAUAUUCGGGUAUAGUUCCGUUAAUGUCGACAUGGCACCACUACAUCCGCCACUCGAACACUGUCGCGCUAUAUGGGAGCUGUACAAGGAGAACGUGGAUCCAUUAGUGAAAGUCUUACACAUACCAACUGCAGAACCGAAGAUUCUUAAAGCCAUGGAGAACCGGGAGCACAUACCGAAAGGAAUGGAGCCUCUUCUCUUUGCAAUUUACUACGCAGUGAUCACGAGCAUAUCAACCCCCGAAUGCGAGAACCGGUUCGGGGAUGACAAGCAAGCGUUGCUUGCCAAGUAUCGGUUCGGUCUUGAACAGGGCCUUGCGCGCGCCAACUUUUUGCAAUCGGAUGAAUGGAUCGUGCUUCAAGCUUUCGUCAUUUUCCUUAUCAGCCUCCGACGGAACGAGGAUGCAAGAAUAAUCUGGACCCUGACCGGAUUGAUUGUACGAAUGUCGCAAACGCUAGGCCUACAUCGAGACGGAAGCCACUUCGGCCUCUCUCCGUUUGCCAUAGAGAUGAGGCGUCGGCUUUGGUGGCAAGUGACCAUCCUUGACACUCGUUCUAGUGAAGACAACGGUUGUGACCCUACAAUCACGGAAGCCUCUUUUGACACGCAAAUGCCGUUAAACGUCAACGAUGAAGACCUGCACCCUGACAUGACUGAGGCCCCGAAGGAACGGCUUGGCUGCACGGAAAUGACAUUCGGUCUGAUCCGCUUCGAAGUCUCCAACGUUUUCCGUCGCAUCCAGUACGUGCCACCAGCGCCCAACAGCUGCAGCCGGUACUUCUCCUCGGUCAGUCUGGAGCAAAAAGAGAAGUGGAUCAAGGAAAUGAAUGCAAAGAUCGAAGAGCGCUACCUUCAGCAUUCCGACAUGAGCGUCCCGCUAUAUUGGGUCAUUGCCACCGUCUCACGGCUCAUCAUGUCCAAGAUGUGGCUCAUGAUCUACCAUCCAUACCAGCGCCUUGAUGGCGGUACCAGUCUUCCCCAAGAAACAAAGGACAGGCUUUUCCUGACUUCUUUGGAAAACGUGGAAUACUCACUUCUUCUGGAGGACGAACGACGGACCGAGAAAUGGGGCUGGCUGUUCCGGACGUAUAACCAGUGGCACGCCAUAGCAUAUCUACUAACCGAGCUCUGUGUGAGGACAAAGGGCCCACUCGUCGAGCGGGCAUGGCGAGCCGUGGAGAUUAUGGCAUCAAGGAGAUGGGCGGACGCCAACUCCGACCAGAAGAAGGGGAACCUCUGGCGGCCAUUGAGGAAGCUAGUCGCGACGGCGAAAGCAGCGAGGGAGAAAGAAAUCGAGAGGGAAAGAGCCGAGAUAGCCGAAGCGCAGGCCCAGGCCCAGCUGCAGGCAUUGACGAGCCAGGCGCCGCUGGGGAUGGACCUGUUCCCGCAGACGCAGACGGCCGGCAUGGCGUGCCCGGACAUGAUGGGCGGGUCAACGGCAAUGUCGUCGUCGUCGGCUGCUGGGCUCAAUGGGGCCUGCGUCACUUCGAUGCCGGACUUUACACACGGGCUCUUGGACCCGGCUUACCCGCAGCCGCAGCAGCAACAACAACAACAACAACAACAACAACAACAACAACACCCGAACCUACAUCUUGUCACGCAGCCUUCGCCGCAACAACAGCAACAACAACAGCAGCAACAGCAGCAGCAGCAGCAGCAGCAGCCAAUGUUCGACAUGACGUCGCUGGACUGGCUGCUCAAAGACUCGCACGACAUGUCCUCGCCCAACAGCUCCGCAGGGCCAGGCACGGUAGGUAGCAACAGCGUCGGUAGCGGCGGCGGCGGCGGCGGCGGUGGCGGCAGCGGCAGCGGCAAUGCAGGCAACUCGUCCGGAAGUUCCGGCAUUAACGUUGCCAGGGCGGCGGGGAUAGGGACGGGGUCGACGACGUCGCCGACGGCGCAGGGUGGCGCGCCCCCGGCUGUGGAUUGGGCGAACUGGGACGAUCUGGUCGCGCAGUUCUCGAUGGAUAAUGCUGGCGCUGCGGGGCAGGCGGUGGGUGGGGCGCUUGGUGGUGGUGGUGGUGGUGGUGGGGUGGGGAUCCAGCAUACGUUUGUGCCGUCGAAGGGGUUUGAGCCGUGGUAUUGA